AUGGCCGCCGCCAACAGUAACAUGUCGGUCCCUGACCAGAUCCGCCAGCUUUCCGACGCACGUAAGCUUGUCCUCGGCGAUGUUAGUUACUAUGGUCAAGUUAUACAAGCUACGCUACCGAUAUUUGGCCCCUCCGCCCAUGUUGAGCUUCGACGAUGGGGCGCCGACUUCAUGGCUGAAGCAUUCGCGACACCUGCAGUACCACUAAGCCAGAAGGAAACAUUGUCGCUGCUGAUACUGGACACUCUCAAGGACUUGGUGGAGGAUCCAAACCAGGACCUUUUGGUGUUGCGCAGUGUCGUUCAGACAUCAGCUAGUGUAUACCCCCUAGCUAUGAGAUGGAUAAUAUCGAACGCAUAUGACACCACCACGUGGAAGAACAUGACAGCCAUCAAGACCAGGAUUUUUCAACUCUGGGAGAACGCUCCUCCGACAUUACGCAUCUGCUGCGUCAAGUUUGCACAGAGAGUCAUUCUAGCACAGUCGCCGAGCAUCAACCCCGAGCCGAGACGCGGUGAUCCCCUCGACAUUUCUCUGAACAUGGUCCCUCGCGAUCACUCGGUACUCAAUGUAAAUGCUAUGGAAGCAGAGGCCACGGGACUCCUUGACCGGAUGCUCAGUGUACUGCAAGAUGGCACCAGUGACGUUCUGGUAGUAGAUGCAACCCUAAACACUUUGUCCAUUCUCAUUCGUAUGAGACCCAUAACUUCGAACAAAGUGGUGAAUGCCAUACUCCAGUUCAACCCUUUGAAACUUGCAAGCACGCCAAUGACGCCCAAGACAAAAGUGGUUGUGAGGUCCUUGGAGAAGACGACACGCAUGUUAUGCAUGCACCUCGUUAGACGGGACACCAAGGGCGUUAUGGCUCAAAGAUUACAGCCAUAUCUGGAGCGACUUAUGCAAGCACGGGCUGAAAUGCAAGAGGGAGCCAGCAGAAAACGAGCAAUCAGUGAAGUGGCAGAUGGCACAGAGGCUAAACGUCAACGAACCGCACCAGCGCUGCCAGAACUUCAGAUUGGUCCAUUACCACCUGGCCCGCAUUCGCUCGCUGACAUAUUUACUUUCACAAAGAACGAGGGUCUCCGGAACUUCGAUGUUGCCCUUGUUCCGGCGCCUUUGGCUGCCAAAGUCAGUGUCAAUGCCAUCGCUAAAAUAGAUCCCAGCCUAUUCGCUCGGGCGAUUCAGGGUGUUCGUGACAGGCUGGCGGAGUUGCAUAGGGUUGCUGCCAGGCCACUCGAUCCACAAACAACAGCGUUGGACGUGGAAGAUGACGAUGACUACGAGCCAGACUACUACGCAGCCGAGGAUACAGAGCAGAUCUUGAAUAAGCUCGAUUCGGAACCAUCAGUGCAAAGAGGCGAGAUGCAAAAACCGGCUGUGUUGGGCACACUCGCACUGCCGACCUUUAGACUUCCGCCGCCACCAGCACUGGAGCCGGAGCAAGCUGUCAAGGUCGGUCAGGGCACUGUCACGCGUGUGUUUGGCGUCAUGAGCACGCUCGAAGAUCCAUCGACGAAGAAGACGAAGGCCGGAAUCAACAGGUUAGCCGCAACCACUUUUGAUCGAGAAUCAUGGAUCACCAUUAUUACACGACUUGCAACCCGUGCUGCUGCCGGGCUAGACAGCAUUUCCAAGGACGAGGACAACGGCAAUGUUUUAAGUGGUAUCAGUCUCAGUAACUCGAUACGCGAAUCACUUUACGUAUAUGUGCUGGAGGAUUUCCGGAAGCGCAUUGAAAUCGCGGUGUCUUGGUUAUGCGAGGAGUGGUAUAACGAUCGUGUACAACAAAAGGCUACUUCGGACGAGGAUCGCAAUGUUCUAUUGAACUACGAUAAGUGGGCAUUGCGACUAAUCGAAGGCAUGAUUCCUUACCUCCACGCCCAGGACAAGGUGCUCACGCGGUUCUUGAGCGAAAUUCCCAGCUUGAACACGGAUAUACUUGCCCGCGUUAAGACUUUGUGUCGCGAUCCUAGCACCGUCAACCUGGCACUAACCAGUCUUCUCUACCUGGUCAUGAUGCGUCCCCCAGUCAGAGAAAUUGCCCUAGAUGCUGUUCAAGAUAUAUGGUUGGAGUACGACGAGGCCCGAGCAAUGGCGGGCAAGUACCUUACGAAGUGGCGUCCAGGCUUCAUGGAACAGCAAAAACAGCUGCUCGCUCCUGCCGGAACUCCAAUCGGAGCUGGACAGGCUGUUGCUGCUACGUAG